UCUGGCCCGACCGCGAGGAUUUCGGACUGUCCUGCGGUGCGAGGGUUCGUCUUCUUUGUUGGCUGGAUUGGAGGGAAGGUUGGUUAGACGUGGGCUCGUUGGGAACGUACGUGAUUGAUGAGGGUGGUGAUGACAUGGGGGAUUUUGGAGGGGCACUCACAUCGUUGAACUGGGGCAGCGGAACAACGUAUUCCCGGGCCAAGCGGGCUUUCACUGGGGCAGUGAUAUCAUAUUUGACCAUUCGGGCAUAUCUGUUU